AUGGCUGCCGUUGUUGAGCCCACGACGCAGACGUCCUCCGUCGAGUCGUCUCCCCGGUUGAACGCCGCCGAUGCUGCAAAGCUUGACCGUGUCGAAGUCGAGUCCGGAUAUGGUUCCGCCACAGAUACUUCAUCGACAUCGUCGUCCAUCCCCGCGCUCCCCUUGAUCUCCCUCACCCAACCCCACCUCAAGCACCUCAACGACCAGCUCGAGAACAUGCAUCCCCUCGACAUCCUCCGCUUCUCAAAGAUCAUGUUCCCCAACCUCUUCCAGUCGACGGCCUUUGGCCUCACCGGCCUCGUCACCCUCGACAUGCUCUCCAAGAUCCAAAAGGAGAACCCCUCCGCCGCCAAUGUCGACCUCAUCUUCCUCGACACCCUCUACCACUUCAAGGAGACCCACACCCUCGUCGACCGCAUCCAGGAGCGCUACCCCAACGUCGCCCUCCACAUCUUCAAACCCUACGGCGUCUCCUCCACCGAGGAGUUCGAGGCCAUGUACGGUCCCAAGCUCUGGGAGACCGAGGCCGAGAUGUACGACUGGAUCGCCAAGGUCGAGCCCCUCCAGCGCGCCUACCAGGAGCUCGGCGUCGCCGCUAUUCUCACCGGCCGCCGUCGUUCCCAGGGAGGCGCCCGCGACAAGAUGCCCGUCAUCGAGGUCGACGACGAGCGCGGCGUCAUCAAGAUCAACCCCAUGGCCAGCUGGUCCUUCAAGCAGGUGCAAGAGUACAUCAAGACUCACAACGUCCCCUACAACGACCUCCUCGACCAGGGCUAUAAGUCCGUCGGCGACUGGCACUCCACCGUUCCCGUCAAGGAGGGCGAGGAUGAGCGCGCCGGCCGCUGGAAGGGCCAGCAGAAGACCGAGUGCGGCAUCCACAACAAGAAGUCGCGCUACGCGCAGUACCUCGAGGAGAUGGAGCGCAAGGCCGUCGAGGCCAAGGGCGCCGCCCCCGCGUCGUCGGCUGAGGCGGCAAAGCAGGGCGAGGCGGCCAUCGCACCCAUCGUCAAGGCUGAGAAGGAGGAGCAGGCUAUCGCAUCGAUUUAG